AAAACAAAGAAACAACGCCCAACAAAUACGAGCCGAUUGUUUGAAGAAUGGAUCUCCAGGCCUAUUGCCGCUGUCUACGUCAGCAGCUGGAGGAGUUGGAGCUGCUCGAAUCCAUAUACUAUGGUCCUCGCGAGCUGCAGCUGCUCGAUGCCAGCGUCGUUGCCGAUUUCAAUGAGUUUGUGCGUUCAGAGUCGCAGACACCUCUUCGCUCGCAUCUUGAGUACAUCAUCAAGUUGAGUUUGCCGUGCAAGAGUUCUGUGGAUGUGCGCGUUGAGCUGCCGCAUUUGUAUCCGCUGCUGGAGCUGGCCAGGAUUAGUGUACACAGCGCACUGCUGGACAAGGCCAAUACGGAGCAUCUCAAGCAGCAAAUCGAGAACUAUUUGGCAAAGCAACGCAGCGAUCCAGGGGAACCUUAUAUAUAUCAAUUGCUCAUCUGGCUGCAGGAGCAAAUUGAAACUCUGUUAUUACGUCCAGCCAGCGAGCUGCCUGCUGUGCCCGAGGAGCAACCCAAAGUGGUGCAGCUCGAGCGCCUUUGGAUCUACUCGCAUCACAUUAAGUCGAGUUCCAAGCGACAGGAGUUGAUACGUCAAGCACGACAACUGCAACUCAGCGGCUUUAGUCGUCCCGGGAAGCCGGGUAUUAUCUGUGUCGAGGGCGAGCAGGAGCAGGUGCAGGAAUACUGGCGCUCCAUUAGGGCCUUACGCUGGCAGAAGAUCAGCUUGGUGCGUACAGAACUGUGUCGCAAGCGUCGCUUUGAGCAGUUUACGGAGCAGCUCUUCAAUGAUGGCACUGACGGCGAUGAGGGACCCAUUAAUAUGGCACAGUUUAUCAAGUUUUUGGAGGCCCAUGGCACGGGCUAUAUGAAGUCGGAGUUCUUUGGUUUCACGUGAUAAUGAAAAUGGUUUCAUAUCUGUUGUCAUUUGCCAUUGUUUAUUAUUCUUUCUUUGUGUUGUGUAAUGCUAUUUGAGCUUUACCAAUAACAUUAUAUACCGUAAUGUCAAUGUAAUGUGAAGACCCUCCUAAAAUUAAUAUGAAGACUUUUCGAUAAAUGUUCUGAUUAAUGUGAAGACUCUUUGAUAAAUAUUGUGGUCCUCAAAUAUAAAAUACAAUUUUUGGAACAAAACGAAAUAUUUAUAUAAUUAGAUCUUAAGGCCAAGAACAAUUUUAUUCCUUUUCGGGAUGAUUUAAAUUGAUUUCAUCCCGUUCAGAGGGAUAAAUAUAUGUAAACACUACAAAAUGUGUUUUAAAUGAAUAAAUAAAUACAUUUUAAAUGUCAGAAA